CUAGCUAAUAAUCCCAGUUAAAUGUAUACUCCGCUUCAGAGUAUAUCGUCAACUAUUAUAGUUAAGACCAGCUAGUGUAUUUUGAUGCAUGCUGUUUAUUUGGUAUAGUAUAUGGGAGAAUAAACAUUGUCCGUAAGUAAAAACGUACUGUGCACUCCCAUUUUAGUCAAGGCCAGGCGGAAGGGCAGGUAAUGUUAGCAUCGGUUUGGUCUUUAUGGGUAAAUGCGUUUUAUUCUGGGUGGCUAGCAUGUCUACUCAUGUAUUUAAUUUCACCUAACAAUAAAACACAAUGAGUUUGACAUCGUGGAUAUGUCUAAUUGUGUUUUGAUCUCUUUCUUGGAGAGGAAUGUACAGGCUAGCUAGCUAGCCUGUGAAGUGUCGGUAGCCCUUUUCGUCGCAGUCUGUUGGCUAGUUAGCAUUAUUUAGCUAACGAGCUAGUUAAAAUGGCUUAGUCUAUUGGCUGCACUGAAGGCAGAUCCCGGAUAGUGUAUUAAAGACCUUCAUUCAAUGUAAUUCUCGUCUCACGAGCUCGUCGAUGGGUAGUAUUGUAAAGUCAAAAUACUCAUGUAAUUAAAGCGCUGUUAAAAUGCCCAACCUCGAUCUGGCUCGAGGAAUGUUACCGCUGAGCUCUGUACCCACAGACGGCACAUAACGGGAGGACCUGGUGGGCUAACCGUAUGGCAAUUGUGUGGGUAACCGUUACAUUAACUCACUUGGUAUGAUCAUGGCUCUAAUGCCUUAUCUUGUCAAGGGUUAACGGUGUAUUACAGCCUGUUGCAGUAGACAAUGCCGGUAGGGUUCUGCUAGCGAAAAGAGAAGGUGGAAUAUAUUUGAAAACUAUAUUGAGGACGUAUCUCAAUAGAGGCUCUUGGUGUUGAAAAUGGAUUCUCGUGUUUCACUAUGCGUGCCCUCACCAGAAGAUCAUUUUCUUCAGUCUAAAUAAUCUGCCUCAUCCGGUGUAUGUCCACUCUAUAAGACCGGGUUUGGUGAUGAGAUGUAGGAUAUAAAACACUUCCUCCUCCAAACAAGCUCCCGUGUCCAGGGUCCUAAACAGGAACAGAGACUUAAAGCCUAUUUUAGUAGCCACUCUUUUCCACGAUAUCAGCAAGAGGCCGACUGGUGCUCUGCAAAGAGGAUGUGGUUACAGGUCACGUAACCACGACAAGCGCAUGCCACUUGCACAUGCCUCUUUAAUUUUGAACAUAUUGUAGUCUAGCAUGUUUCUUUACCAAUUGUCUUUCCUUGUUAUCCUACUCCUACUGCAACUGGGUUUCUGUUUCUGUUUUUGUUUUAUAAUGAAGAUACUGGUAUCGCUUGUUGAGUUUUAGGCCAGAAAGUAAUCAGACGGACUUGUGGUUGAUGUAAUUUGCGUAUUGAGCAUCUGUUAUCAUAUUUCAAACAUUUUCCGGGGCGUUGAUUCACACUUUCUUUAAGCGUAGCAGUGGUUCUCAGAAUUUAGGGUUGUUCUCUUGAAGUUUGGCACCUAUGAUUUACCGGAAAGGAUGUCACUUUUAUUUUUUAGAAUGGCAUUGAGUAAUAAAAAAACGACAAAAACGUAGUAUCAAUAUAACGUGUUUCAACGAUGAAACUUGUUUCCUUUUCCCCCAUCUGCAUCGCAUGUUGUAAUGCAGCAUACGUCACAUAGCCAGCCAACGAGGGGAUGGUCUUACAUGUGUCAGUUUUGGGCGGAUGUGUGGUUUGACAAGAUCUGUGGAAUGGGGCAAGGGAGACAGCCAGUAGCUGUCAAUCACGUGUGCCCCAUGCUGACUCAGAGCUUCAUCACAUUGUCAUAUCCUUUGCAAAGCCAGGAAGUGGUGAUGACGGUCAGAUACUUGUAUCAGGAUACUAGUCUUCUACUUGCCUCAGCAAUCACGGUGCAUUUUAGUUUUGCGCUCAUAGGAGACGCAGCCCGUGAAGACGCGCUGCCAGAGAGCCCUCCUUGAGCUUUCAACCGUACAUGGAGACAUACCUUUGUCCAUAGAGGUGCAGACUGCUGGGGCUGUCCGGUGAAGCGAUCCCGCCAUGCGUGAAUACAAGUUAGUGGUGCUAGGAUCAGGAGGUGUGGGCAAGUCUGCUCUGACGGUUCAGUUCGUACAGGGGAUCUUUGUGGAAAAGUAUGACCCGACAAUAGAAGACUCGUACAGAAAGCAAGUGGAGGUCGAUGGACAGCAAUGUAUGCUGGAAAUUCUCGACACGGCAGGAACCGAGCAAUUCACGGCUAUGAGGGACCUGUACAUGAAGAAUGGCCAAGGCUUCGCACUGGUCUACUCCAUCACGGCACAGUCGACCUUCAACGACCUCCAGGACUUGAGGGAACAGAUCCUACGAGUAAAGGACACUGAGGAUGUGCCUAUGAUCCUGGUGGGGAACAAGUGUGAUCUGGAGGACGAGCGCGUGGUGGGGAAGGAGCAGGGCCAGAACCUGGCCAGACAGUGGAACCACUGUGCCUUUUUAGAGUCCUCCGCUAAGUCAAAGAUCAACGUCCUCGACAUCUUCUAUGACCUGGUCAGACAGAUAAAUAGGAAAACGCCAGUGGAAAAGAAGAAGGCGAAAAAGAAAUCCAACUGUGUUCUGCUUUAAAGACCCCUACCCCCUGCAGCAGCUCUGAGCCAGAAUGCUGUAAUGAAGAACUGUUGCCCUGAUUGGAACGUGCCAGCAUUCCGAACAGCCCCUCCCCUCCCAAUCACCCUGCUCCUCCCUUCCCCACACACCCCUGACUCCCUCCCCCCUCCCCCCCCUCCUCUACCCCGCACCCCAUCCUCCGCCAUCCGCCAUAAAAAGUGAAUCAGCUGACCGGUCUGUUCCCGACACGGAGACGGGGACGAGGGGGCCCAGCUCCCUCCCUCACUGUCUCUCUCUCACCUGCGAGGGACCCGUGUCAUGUGUCUCUGCAUCAGUGUUGAUUUAAACCCCGUGAACGGACAGUGUGUACAUCCAAACCACCGCAAACUCUUUAACAACAACAACCAUGACGACGAAGAUGAUGAAAUAGAAAAGCCUCUUACCGCAGCUCAACUGCGGAUUCGUCGUCUGCUUACUUUGCCCUUAUUUUUAUUUUUAUAAAUUCUCUUAUUUUUAGAUGUUUGACGGAAAAAAAUAAAAAAGGAAUAAUACCAACCAUUAAGAGGGGGGGGAUAAAAAAACAAGUUAUAACGUCAAUUCAGUAUUUUUCCGUCUUGGCAAUAUGAAUAGAUUGUUGCGAAGACAUGGAAAGUGGACCUCUUUAGUUGUAUGGUUAUAAUGAAUCUUCAAAAAGCAUGAAAUACCACAUCUGUUAAAAGUGUAGAUGUCUUCAAAGUGAACUCAAGUGGAGAAGUGAAAGUUUUUUUUAGUUUUUCUUUUUAUAGCCAUGACCCGAUCCUCCAUGGCUGUCAUGUCAGUGGUAAUAGAACAACAUCCAUGUUUUGUUUUUCUUUUGUUUUCCUUUUGUUUUAGUUUUGCCCAAUUGUUCAUGGACCUUCUCUCUUCUCCAGAUAUCUCUCUGAAGUGACUUAAUUUUAUACUGUCACUGGGAUUUCAUAGCUCCCAUAAUAUAUUCUAAUGCCAUUUUUGCAUAAUGAUGCUUCAGAAAAAAAAUGGGUAUUUUAUAGAAGAAAUAUGGGGGGAAUUAAGGAUUGAUUUCUAUGUCUCUUGAAGCCGAAAUAUAUUAUACUAAAACCAACUCUAAUAAUGCUUCUUUUGUUUUUUUUGUUUUAUUUUUUUUUGUCAAAUGAUGUUCCAGCUUUUAUGGAUUAUUAAAGUACAUUUUAGUACAUUUUCAUUAUAUUGGUCAAUGUAUUUUUGUGAAUUAAACUUUUAUCCAAAGCGUAUUUGACUUGAUUUUAGAAAGUGAACUCCAACCUCGGUGCUCUGACCUUUGUAAUUUUGGGUACCAAAAAAUUGGUAAUCAAAUACGUGCCAGUAGAGCAGGAAUAAAUAACUUUUUAUGAUAUGAACGAAUUAUAAUUGGAUAGCCAGUCGUUUUAAAAUAGAUUGAAGAAGUUGUUUCCCAUUAAUAAUUUCAAAGAAGUAGUCCUGUUAUCUUGGUGACCUCUAGGGGGCAGUGUCUACUUAAAUAUUUUACGGUCGCGCUUAUUCAUCUUCUGAACAAGAAGGUGUCAGCCUGUUUCUUAACAUUUGUAACCAGUGGUGUUGCCUUAUCUCAGGAAUUUACGAAGCUCUCCAUACAUCUACCCUCCCUGUUAAAAAUGAACGUAAAACAAAAAUAAUUA